AUGGACAUAAUCACUAAUAUUGAAACUUGCGCCUUGGAACUCGAACAACAAAAUAAACAAACACAAGCAGAGAUUCUUCGACAAAACUGUUCCAAAAUUCUAACCAGUUCUUUAAAGUUAAAAAUAAAAGAUAAUUUAACAAAACAACAACGCCUUUCUUUACAAAACCUGAAAAAACAUUCACAUCUAAAGAUAUAUCCGUUUGACAAAGGAACAGGUUUUGCUUUAUUAUGCGAAAAUGAAGCAAAAGCGAAAUUAGAAGAACAAAUAAAAAAUAGUAAAAUUAUUGAUUACGACCCAACACCCACAUUCACUACUAAAUUUCAAAAACUAUUAUGUAAAUUAAGAAAGCAAGGUAAGUUAGACAAUGCUACUUAUUUUAAAAUGUAUCCAUCAGAUUGCGUUCCACCUAGAAUCUAUGGAAUGGUUAAAGCACACAAACCGGAAAAAAACUAUCCAAUGCGUCCUGUUGUUUCCACUAUUAACACACCUCCUUAUGGAACAUCUGAAAACUUUGUCAACGAUGCUAAAGAAUGGAAGAUAGACCCUAAUGAAAUUCAGGUUUCUUUCGAUGUAAUUAAUUUAUAUCCAUCCGUACCGAUCAAUGAAGCAAUUCCUGUUAUUAUUAACAUAUUGAACGAUGAUCUUGAAGAUUUAAAAACUAGGACUAAAUUAACUCUCAUAGAUAUACACCAAUUAAUUGAACUAUCGUUAAGCAUAUGUUACUUUUUAUACGAAGAUAAAAUCCGAAUUUUACCUAAUUCAGGUCCAAUUGGUUUAUCAUUGAUGGUAGUCAUAGCUGAAGCAUUUUUGCAAAAUAUAGAAAAAAGAGCACUUGAUAUAGCCUUUGUUAAUUCAUUCCAACCAAUAACUUAUAAAAGAUAUGUGGAUGAUAGCCAUGCUCGCUUCGAUUCAAAAGAAAAGCAAGAAUUAUUUCUUAAAGCUUUAAAUGAACAAAACCCCUCCAUAAAAUAUACCGUUGAACUUGAAAACAAAAGAAAACAGCUUAAUUUUUUAGAUAUUUGUAUUACAAAUACAAUGAAUGGAUUUUAUGAGUUUCAAAUACACCGGGAAGAUGUGUCUUGGGAUAGUUUUACCAAAGAACAAACUGCAUUGUUAAGAUUUUUUAUGUGGGUAGACUAA